CGGUAGCGAGCGAGAGAGCACCAUCUAUGCCACGCCAGGCCCCAAGCGGCUUUCAGCAGCUCGGUGACGAUGGCACCGAUUCCGAGUCCUGGCCGCAGAAGAUGCAGCUGAUGGAGCUCAUGGAUGAGCGCGAGUCGGGCGGCCUGCGGCUGCUCUCAGACCUCACAGGCGGUGGUGGCGCCGAGAAGCUCGCGUCGAUGCUGGGAUCAAGCGCCGGCUCGGGCCUCAGCGGCGAGGCGGCCGACCUUGAUCACCGCAAGGUCCUCUUCGGCGCCAAUGCUUUUCGCGAGAAGGAGCCGAAGAGCUACCUCGAACUGGUGUGGGACGCGCUGCACGACGCCGUGCUCAUCAUGCUGCUCGUGCUGGCUGCGGUGCAGCUGCCGACGGAGUUGGUCUUUGGCAAGGACAAGAGCACCGCCUGGAUCGAGCCCACCGCCCUCUUCCUCUCCGUCUUCAUUAUUGUAAACGUGUCCUCCGCGACCGACUACGUCAAGGAGCGGCAGUUCAAGUCUCUGGCCGCGAAGCUGAACCAGUCCAACAAGAAGGUCGUCGUGCGGCGGGGAGAGCAGACAGAGGUGACGGACGCCGAGAUCGUCGUCGGAGACGUGCUCGCCUUCAACGCGCACAGCCUCGCCUCGCUGCCGUGUGACGGGGUCCUCCUCUCGGGCUCGGACGUCAAGGUGGACGAGUCCUCCCUCACUGGCGAGCCCGACCCGAUGCCGAAGACCGCAGAGGCGCCCUUCUGCGUCUCCGGCACCGACGUGGUGAGCGGCUCCGGCCGGAUGCUGGUUGUCGCGGUCGGGCCGUACUCGGUCUCUGGCAAGAUCAAGAUGGCGGUGUACCACGACGAGGAGGAGGACGACGAGGCGUCGCCCCUGUUCGUCAAGCUCAACGGCAUCGUCGAGGACGUCUUCAAGGUUGGCCUCGCCGCAGCCGUGUUUUGCUUCCUCGCUAUGGUGGCGCUGGGCAUCGUCUACCCCUCCUUCCGUGGCUGCGGCGAGGAGGGCUGCUGGGACUUCCUCGAGGUGGAGUGGCUCCAUCUCAUCGAGUACAUGCUCACCGCCAUCACCGUGCUCGCCGUCGCGAUGAUGGCGCAAAACAACCUCGUCAAGCACCUCGACGCGUGCGAGACGAUGGGAUCCGCCACGACCAUCUGCUCAGACAAGCACCGGCACGGUAGAUGA